AUGAAGAUCGACCUUUGGAUGAACUGGAGCAUCGCUCGGAGACAAAGCAAUGCACAAUUGGCGACAUUCAAGUCAGAUCUGGUGGAAUGUGUAAGGGUGCAAGAGCAGGAGGUCAGAGCACAGUUGGGGUAUAUGCUGACGGACUGGCUACUUCUAUCAGGGAGUUGGAUCAUGGGUCCAACCUUCAUCGGACGAUCUGGGGAUCGAAUUCAGGAAUCAGGGUCUGGGCAAUCCAUUGCAUGGUCAGCAGUACUGGUGACCAUUCGCCCUGUGGGCAAACGCAAUGGGAGGACCACACUGGAAGACUGA